AUGACCAUGAUGGGAAGCCUGCGGGUGUCGCGAAGAGUAUCCAUGUGCAUGUUGAAGGCAGGAGCCAAUGCGCCUGCAACAGCAUCCAAGCACUGUUACAGCGGCAGAAACAUUUACAAUAACAACAUGGGUGCACACCGCCACUACACGCAAACGCAGCAGCCACCAAAGGGAAUUCGACAAGGCACCCUAUUCGCCAUACUGGCAUGCACAGGACUGGGAGUAACCAUAUAUUCGCUACUCGAGUACUACUCUGCUUUCAACCAAUGGCCACCCUCUCUCCGCGCGGAUCUGCGUCUAGCCGUAAAAGCGCAGCGAGGACGCGACUACAACCGCGCAGAAGAGCAUUGGCGACGCGUGAUCGACCGUGCGGAACAACUUCCCGAGAGUGAAUUCGAGAGCGAGGGUGGAUUGGGUGUGUCGAAGCCACUCGUCGUCACCGGUUUGCACAUCUCCCUCGCUCAUAUGCUCGAAGUGGUCGGGAGGAGUGAGGGCGGAGGCAGCGGCAAGGCUGGCGAGCGCAUCAGUGACGCGCAUCGGUUGCUCUCUACGGCACUCAGCUACCUCCUGCGCCAACAGCACAAAGAAGACGCGCCUCCCGCUGAAACUCACAGAGCUAUCGCUCUCGCUGUUAAACUCGGUGAUAUGGCCUACACUAUGCGCAGCACAAGUGCGCAACAUUACUACGAAUGGGCUCUCGAUGAGAUGUUCCGUGUGUCGCGCGUGGAGAAGGCGCGCAAGGAAAAUGAGAGUGAGAGGGACGGGGAAAAGGCGUUGGAGAAACAGCCCGACAACACCCACGCUCACUCCCUUAUGACGCACCAACUCGACCUCCCGAAGUGGGUGGCUGUGUCCGACCUCGGCGGCUGUCUCGAGCGUUUAGCAGCUAUAUAUGGCGAGAGCGGACACGCUGAGAUGGCCAUACCAUUGUAUAUGCAGGCUAUCACUCUCCUCCUACCCCCACCCACUUUCAGACUGCACCAACCAUCCACUUCUGACACUUGUAGAGCCGCCUUACUCAUGACUAACCUCGCUAGCGUUCUCACCGCUCAUCCCUCAUCUAAGAACUUGGACAACGCUCUCAAGUGGGCUGAUAAAGCGGUGGACCUGGUAACUCACGCUGACAGCGCGCACUCGGACAAAAUUUGCAAUCACACCCUCGCCGUCGGCCUGUUCAACGUCGGUGUCUUGAAUGAAAUGCUCAAUCACCCUUCUACCGCCCUUGAUAAUUACAACAGGGCCUCCGAACACAGCGACAAAUACGGCCUCGUUGCUGCAAAAUUACAGUCUAAAGAGGCGUCGAGGAGGGUGAGGAGUGAUUUAAGAAACUAA